GGUGGUGGGGAAGUAUUGUAAACACAGCUGUGAUGCUCACACAGUGUCCACUCCACUUGCUCAACAUAUUACAUUAUUACAAGUAACUGAUCAUUGUGAACAACUGCGACACACCGAUAAAACUUUUAUUAAAACUGUAUCUUGAAGGAGAGAAGAAGACGAGGACCACCUUGAUGUAUCACCAUUAUAAAACCCAGCAGAAGUCUUCCACUUGGAUCAUACAUUGACAUUGUGAAUAAUUUUAUGUAAACUACAUCUCCAACGUCACAUGAAAUACAAUAUAUUGAUGCUAUUAGUGAGCUUGUCUGAAAGAAAUAAUGUAUUAAUGUUAUCAGUGCUGAAAAAAGGACGGGAAGAAAAUUUUAAGUUCCAUAGGAGAAACUACGAAAUUUUUCAAGCAGUAUAGAUAAGCCUCGGAAAUACUGAAUAAAAUAGAAAUAUGAAUAUUAUAGAAGUGAUUGGGAAUAUAUAUGUACAAAUAAAAACAGGAAAGAAGAAAUAAGGAAGAAUGAAUUAGCAAAAGAAAAGUAAGCCGAUAAGUAAAGCAUGGAAGGAGGAAAGGGAGAGAGGCGUGGGGGAAAGAGCUGGAGGAAGGAGCGGGAAGAACGGGAAAGGAAACGUUCCAGCAGUAGACUUGUGGGAUUCCCUUCUAAAGAUGGUGAGGAGAAGAAAGAAGAUUCUGGGAAGGAGAGACAAGCAUUCGAGUCCCAAAGACAAGAUGAAAUAGAUAAAAAGAAAGCAGAGGAAGAGAGAAAAAAGAAAGAAGAGGAGGAAGCAGCAGCUCAAGCCAAACAGGAAGAGGAAGAGCAAGCACGUAAGCGGGAGGAGGAGGAGACCAGGAGGCGUGAGGAAGAAGAAAUGAAAAAGCGGGAAGAGGAUCGUAAUUUUCUCUUGUCUUAUAUCCAAGAGGCUGAAGAGAGGUUAGCCAAAAAGGCUGAACUUAGAUUGCAGAAUUUGGCAAUGGCAAAAGAUCGGCCAGAACUGAACACAGCCAUGUUAGAUUCAAGCUUGAAGAAAAACACAGCAUUUAUUAAGAAACUGAAAAAUUUAACAGAGAGCCAGCAUGAUUCACUGAUAAGAGAUCUUCAGAGCUUGAACUUGACCAAAUAUGUAAGUGAGGUGGCCCAGGCAGUGGUUGAAGCCAAAUUGAAAAUGUCGGAUAUCAAUACUGCUGUUCACCUGUGCUCUCUCCUUCACCAACGCUACCAUGACUUUGCUUCAACAUUGUUAGAGAAUUGGCAGAAGGUUCUCUCUCCAAAAAAAGAGGAAAAAAAUAAUAACAUGAGUAAGCUACGAGUGGAUCUACGGUUGUAUGCUGAACUUAUUGCUGCUGGUAUAUUUGCACCAAAGGAAGGUCUUCCUCUUUUAGGAAAUGUAUUAACAACAUUGGUUACAUCAGACAAAGAGGAGCAUCAAAACAUUUCAGUGUUGCUCACUUUCUGUCGCCACUGUGGAGAAGACUACAUGGGGUUGGUGCCUCGGAAAAUCAGGCUCCUCGCAGAUCAGUUUCAGAUGGCUGUUCCCAAAAGCGAGUUCCUUCCUCGUGAGAGACAGAAGAAUGUGAGACAGCUAAUUAAGGACUACUUUCUUUCCCUCACUAAACACCUGUUUUGUGAUCAUAAGGAAUUACAGCAUGUCGAACAGCAAAAUCGUCGGCUGUUGCAGACUCGAGGAGAGCUGAGCCAGGAACGAGUCAAUUUGGCUGAGAAUCUUUCUGCUGGACUAAGCAAACUUCUAACCAAUGCUCAACAGAUGGCUGAGCUGCUAGAUGAAGACAUGCCUGAGCUUCCAGAAGACAAAUCUCAAGGAGAUGAUCUAGGCUUAUGUGAUAUGGGAAUAGGUGAAGGUGGAGAGAUUCCUGAAGGAGGGACAGCUGUGCUGUGGGAGGAUGACGACACUAGAGCAUUUUAUGAAAACUUCCCUGAACUCAAAGCUCUCAUUCCAUCUAUAUUGUACAGUGAUUCUGAGAAGCCUACAGCUGUACCUGCAGAGGAAGCUCCAGCAGAAGAAGUUGAUGAAACACUGGAGGAGGAAGAACUGGAAGUUAUGGAAACAACUGAAGAAGAUGUUGAGGAAGUGUUACCACCAGAGUUACCACCAGAAGAGGAACAAGAUGAUAGUUUGACCAGCACAGGACCAUCCUCUAAUAAGGUUUUGUUAGAUGCCUUCCUCAGUGCUCUUCCCAAUUGUAUCAACCGAGAUUUGAUCGACAAUGCAGCCAUGGAUUUUUGUCUUAGAUUUAACACUAAGCCAAGCAGGAAGAAGUUAGUCAGAGCCUUAUUUCUGGUACCAAGAACACGGUUGGAUUUGCUUCCAUUCUAUUCCCGUCUUGUGGCUACACUACAGCCACUGAUGCCCGACCUGGCCACUGAUCUAGUCAACAUGUUGAAGCAAGACUUCAAGUAUCAAGUACGAAAAAAGGAUCAGAUAAACAUAGAAUCAAAAAUCAAGGUUGUACGAUUCAUUGGUGAGCUUGUCAAGUUCCGGGUCUUCCCUCGCAGCGAAGCUCUCUUAUGUUUGCGAAUGCUACUUCAGGAUUUCAAUCAUCACCAUAUUGAGAUGGCAUGCAACCUUUUGGAGACAUGUGGUCGCUUUCUUUAUAGAAUUCCAGAUUCGCACCAUAGAACAAAAAUUUAUCUUGAGCAGAUGAUGAGGAAGAAAACAGUUAAGGCUUUUGAUCCCAGGUAUAACACUAUGAUAGAAAAUGCAUAUUUCUAUGUCAACCCACCAGACACUGGUCCCGAGACCACCAAAAAAGAGCGGCCAACGAUACAUCAAUACAUUCGCAAGCUUCUUUACAAUGACCUCUGUAAGUCUAAUACGGAGAAAAUUUUGAGACAGAUGCGGAAGAUGCACUGGGAAGACCCACCGACUGUCAGUUACAUUGUGAAGUGUUUGACAGCAGUCUGGAAUGCCAAAUUUUACAAUAUUCGUUGCAUUGCAAACCUGGUGGCUGGCCUCAUCUCUCAUCAUGACUGGGUGGGCCCAGCUGUUGUGGAUGGUAUUUUGGAAGAAAUACGUCUUGGUUUAGAGGUGAAUCAUCCUAAAUAUAACCAGCGACGAGUUGCUGCAGUAAAGUACUUAGGAGAGCUCUACAAUUACCGUGUAAUUGAAAGUACUAUUAUUUUUAAGGUGCUCUAUUUGUUCUGCUCAUUUGGGGUACUCUUUGACCCGAACAUAUAUAGUGAAUAUGACCCACCAGAGCACCUGUUUCGCUUGCGUUUAGUGUGUACACUCCUGGAAACUUGUGGCCAGUUUUUCAGCUCUGGCUCUAGCAAGCGGCGUCUCGAUUGCUUUCUCAUAUAUUUUCAACAUUACUACCAAUAUAAAAAGAGUUUAAGCAUUUGGAAUGAAGAGCAUGAAUUUCCAUGGCAAAUUGAACACCUUGUACGUGACACCAUCUCAGCAGUCAGACCAAAACUGCAGUCUCUUCUUCCCUGGAAGAAGCUCAGAAAGCUGUUCAGCACCUCAAUAACCAGAUUGUAUUCCAAAGCAAUCGAACAAGUACCAAGUUUACGGCAGUAUCUUCAGCCAGAAGAGGAGAGCGAAGCCCUUCAUACAAUCAUAGAAGAAGGUGACAACAGCCAAGUUGUGGAGUUGGAGGGAGACAUACUUGAAGAUAUGGAAGAUGAAGAAGACUUUGAAGAGGUGGAAGGUGAGUUGGAUUGGAGUGAAUCCCACGGAGAUUCUCUCACCCCUUCACAACACAGUCAGCCAGGACGCAACACUAUGGAGGAGGAAGGAGAAGGUGUGUUGACCGGUGAUGCAGAGGAUGACAUAGGAGAUGACGAUGGAGAAAUGCUUGGCGAUGAAAUACUAGAAGGAGAUAUGAAGGUUAAUGUUAAACAUGUUGACUGUGAAGAGGACACUGAUUUCAUGUCAGCCUUUGACCGCAUGAUGGCGGACAGCCUCAUGGAGCGUGCCAGCACUGUACCUCGCCCUGGCCAGCUGGAUAUAUCUGUGCCUGUGCAUGUCAAAUCCACUGCUAAGAAGACUUAUGAUCAACUUCUGUGUGAGGGAACAGAGGAAGAGAAUAAACCUGUUGUGAACUUUCUUUUGAUGACACGUUCUGGCAACAAGCAGCAAUAUAACAGUGUGGAAAUGCCAGUUGAUUCCGAACUGGUCACCAAGCUCCGGACACGUGAAGAGGCGGAGAGAGCUGAGAAAGAAAAAGUUAAGCGUAUGACUCUGGAAAUAAAUGAACGACAAGAGGAGGAAGAGGCAGCAGAAAUUAUGCAACAGACCCAGCGGCCAGCCACCAUGAAUUUUAACCGUGAUAGACGACCGAAAUAUCAGCAUCCAAAGGGUGCUCCUGAUGCAGACCUUAUAUUUGGACCGAAGAAGAUAAGAUGAGUUGGAUCUUCUGUGUUGAAAUUUCAAAGCCAAGAUUUUUAUGUCAUUUAUAGAUUUUAAAAUACAUAUUUUUAAAUAAAGUAUUGUGUUUUCUGCAGAUGUAGAUACUGCUAUAAAAAAAUGGGUUUACUUACUAUAUGUGAUACACUAUGAGCCAUAUUGGUUGUUGAUUGAUCAGUUCUACUUUUAAGCAGGUGAAAUAUUAUACAUAGAAUGAAAUACUUCAAUGAAAAUGUUUAUUUAAUAUCUUUGUUUGGAAAUGCAAAAGUGUCGAGACUUAAGUAUUCUGUGAUUACAUACGUAAGAAAUUGGUACAUACAAGAGAUGCUGAUUACAUAAAUACAUGAGAUGAUGAAUACAUACGUAUAUGAGAUGCUUAGUAUAUGAAAUACUAGGUAUGUUCAGUACUGAACUCGAAUGUGAAACUUGAUCCAGUCUUGUGAAGCAGAGUGGAAUGUAAUCUAUAUUGAGUUGAUUUUGCUCUUAGCUCAUUCAAGAUCAGUACAGCCGGUUUUAUGAUUUCUUAAAUACACAAUCGAAGAGU